GUGGGUGGUGUUUCCGCUGCUGUCUCCAAGACCGCUGCCGCCCCCAUCGAGCGUAUCAAGCUCCUCAUCCAGAACCAGGAUGAGAUGCUUCGCGCCGGUCGUCUCGACCGCAAGUACAACGGUAUCAUGGACUGCUUCCGUCGUACUGCCGCCUCUGAGGGUGUUGCCUCUCUCUGGCGUGGUAACACUGCCAACGUCAUCCGUUACUUCCCCACCCAGGCUCUUAACUUUGCCUUCCGUGACACCUACAAGUCCAUGUUCGCCUACAAGAAGGACCGUGAUGGAUACGCCAAGUGGAUGAUGGGUAACCUUGCCUCCGGUGGUGCUGCUGGUGCCACUUCCCUUCUCUUCGUCUACUCUCUUGACUACGCCCGUACCCGUCUUGCCAACGAUGCUAAGUCCGCCAAGGGCGGUGGUGACCGUCAGUUCAACGGUCUCGUUGAUGUCUACAAGAAGACUCUUGCUUCUGAUGGUAUUGCCGGUCUCUACCGUGGUUUCGGUCCCUCUGUUCUUGGUAUUGUUGUCUACCGUGGUCUGUACUUCGGCAUGUACGACUCCAUCAAGCCUGUUGUCCUGGUUGGUCCUCUUGAGGGUAACUUCCUUGCUUCCUUCCUUCUCGGCUGGACUGUCACCACUGGUGCUGGUAUCGCUUCUUACCCUCUUGACACCGUCCGUCGUCGCAUGAUGAUGACCUCCGGUGAGGCCGUCAAGUACAACUCUUCCUUCGAUGCUUUCCGCCAGAUCGUCGCCAAGGAGGGUGUCAAGUCUCUCUUCAAGGGUGCUGGUGCUAACAUCCUCCGUGGUGUUGCCGGUGCUGGUGUCCUGUCUAUCUACGAUCAGGUCCAGCUCAUCCUCUUCGGCAAGAAGUUCAAAUAGACGAUUGAUUAACUUCAAUUCGUUUCAGAUGUGACGUUAAUGGAGGGGAGUGAUCUGGCGUAAUUGCCAGAUGCUGAAAAUUUAGAGAUAUGCGUCAAGGGACUGUGUAAUCUUGAGCAUAGAGCACUGUGAUAUUUCCUUGUACCAGUUGUACUUUACUGCCUGCAAGUUUAUUUUAUUUCCUUUUUUUUCCAA